AUGGAUAUCAACAAGCCGGAAGAUCGCAAAUCAUUCAACCAACUGCAUCAUAUCCUUCAGAGUGGCGUGCAUACGCUGAACACCGAGCGUCUUCCAAUUUAUUUGGAAGCGCCAACAAAUGUGAAGCCAACAAACGUGAAUGCACCUCACUUAGGUGAUAUUCAGCAAGACCUCUUACGCCUUCGUCAAGAAUUAGCUUGGCAUCAGGAGGCAAAGGAAGCCCUGUUGGGUCUUUUUGGGGACACAAGGGAGGUAUAUCGCCUCCUUCAAAAGGCACUCCUUAAAGCCAGCGUCCAGCAUAGUGGGGACAACUGUUUUUCAGAGCUGGUGGAUGACGCGCAGCAUGCUGGUUUUCUUCUUCGACAAUGUCUGCAACGAGCAUCCUACAGACUUUCGGAGUCAGAGAGUCAUCUUCUCGAGGCUCUAGGUAUCUCGUUAGAUGAUACCAAUGGGAGAGACAUCACAGUGCUAUAG